AUUGACGAUAAUGAUCCAAAUGCCAGUCUUACUCGUCAUCGUGUGGAAGCAAUACAUAAGGCUUGCAUAUCCUCAGGGUUUUUAAAUAAAAGGGGCCGUCACAUGUAUGAGAGCAAGUCAUAUAAUUCAGUGCUGGUGUUGGUGGUGGUCGUCUUAGUAUCAGUCUUAUUUGCUAUUCUAUACACUAAAUGAUUAAUUUUCCGGAACUUGGUAAGGGCGUCGGCAGAGGUUCAUGUGUGCGGAAAUUUGUGCUCAGGGCCUUAUUAGCAUAUGUGGUCAUGGAUAGAAGCUCUCUUCUACUGUUGUCUGAUCUUUCCAGAAAAAUUGUAUGAAUAUGAACUUCCAAUAUCAAAGCAAAUAGUGGUGAACAGAGAGAUUCCAAUCUAAGUUGCAGUUCUGUGCAUGUGAAAGAUGAACAAGAGAGGAGAUUGUGUAAAAAUAUGCAUUAGUAAACAUUCCGAUUAUCUGCAUC